AUCGGAAUGGAAUUGAAUGUUGAUUGGAUUGGAACGAGGGACCCUACAAGGUUUAGCCUUGCUUCUGCUUGAUUCGACGACAAUAUUUUAAUAAAGGGUGGUAGUGGUGGGUGGACAAGAUAGUAGUGACAAGACGAGUGAAAGAGGAAACAAAGAAGACAGACUCAAGAAGAGGUUGUGAGAGUUAUUUUGCUCAGUGCAAGUGCAAAUGUAACAUUCUUCCUUCUCAGCAUAUUUUCGUGUGGGAAUGUAUGGAUUUCACCAAAAAGCUAAUAAAAAAGCGCAGUAAGCCGCUAGGCAUACUCAACAUGGACAUGAUGCUGGAGGCGUACCUGACCCAUGAGGCCAGGGGCCUGGAUACUGAGGACAUCCCACACACAAAGGAGCCGGUCUGGAUACUUGGUCGUCAGUAUAACGCCAUCAAUGACCUAGAAGAGAUCAGAAGAGAUAUCCAAUCUCGACUGUGGUUCUCCUACCGGAAGGGCUUUGUGCAGAUCGGGGAUUCUGGCUUGACGUCUGACAAGGGUUGGGGCUGUAUGUUGCGUUGCGGCCAGAUGCUCAUCGGCCAGGCUCUGCUCUUCCUACACCUCGGGCGAGACUGGAGGUGGAAUGCUCAGUGUCGGGACCGAACGUACCUCCGUAUCUUGCGCAUGUUCGAGGAUCGGCGAACAGCUCCAUACUCCAUCCACCAAAUAGCACUUAUGGGUGCGUCCGAGGGCAAGCAGGUUGGCGAGUGGUUCGGGCCCAACACUGUAGCACAAGUACUCAGAAAACUCUCCGUGUACGAUGAAUGGAGUUCAGUCGCAUUUCACGUAGCCCUAGACAACACGAUAGUCAUCAACGAUGUUCGACGUUUGUGCACAGAAGCUCCAAGGCCCGGAGAGCUGAGGAGAAGAGUCCGACACUGGAAACCUCUAGUUCUGGUCAUUCCACUUAGACUUGGUAUCACAGAUAUCAAUCCUGUCUACGUCCAGGCUAUCAAGGCUAGUUUCACAUUCAAGCAGUCCCUAGGUCUGAUAGGAGGCAAGCCAAACCAUGCCCUGUACUUCAUUGGUUGUGUUGGCAACGAUGUCAUAUUCCUGGAUCCUCACACAACCCAGAGUAUAGGAGUGGUGAAUGGGAAAGAACAUGAGCAUGAUUCAAAAAUGGACUCAUCGUACCACUGCAGUCAGGCCAACAGAUUACACAUAUUGAACAUGGAUCCAUCAGUGGCAGUCAGUUUCUUCUGCAAAACAGAGGCCGAGUUCGAGGGACUGUGCGAGUGUAUCCGUGUCCAGAUGGUGACACCUGACCGCAAACCGUUGGUGGAGCUGAGAGAAGAACAACGGGAGCACUGGACGCCCCUGGAUGACACGGCUGCUGACGCCCUCGGAGCUACCGCAUUGUCCUUCUACGAGGAUCGACAGUUUGAUGAUUCCGACGAUGACUUCGAGCUGCUCGGCUGAGUGAGGGGUGCUCGGCAAAGCUUGACUCAGCUCGCGGAGUAGGAGUGCCUUGACCUGCCCCACGCCCGCACACCUCUUGUACAAACCUCUGUAAAAUAUUCUUGUUUCUAUCUGUUUUUAAUUUCUUAUUCUGUAAUCCUUACUGAAUAUACUUACACCAGAUUGUCAUAGUUAUUAUAAUAUUGUUCUGUUGCGGAUUAUGUAUGAUAAAUUUUAUAUUAAAAUUAUUAUGUGUAUUUAUUA